AUGGCAUUUCUCUCCAGCUUCUAUAAUUACACAGCUGACCUCCACCGUAUCAAUAGAGCGCAUAUUGUUCUGCUGCCUAAGUGCCCAGGUGCCUCUUCACCAAAAGAUUUCCGGCCAGUAUCUCUACAAAACUGCCCAGUCAAGAUUAUUACCAAAAUUCUCACAACAAGGCUGCAGAGACACAUCCAGAAACUCAUUGAUAUCGACCAGACUAGUUUUAUUAGGGGCCGUUCCAUCUCAGAAAACUUUGUGUAUGCCACCGAACUAGUUCAGCACUGCCACCGCAACAAAAUCCCGACAGUGGUACUCAAGUUAGACUUUGCAAAAGCUUUUGACUCUGUCUCAUGGGACAGUACUAUAAAAAUCCUGGCUGCCAGAGCUUUCCCAGAUAGAUGGCUACAAUGGAUGCAAAUGUUGUUCUCUUCAUCUCACUCAGCUGUUUUGAUCAAUGGCUGCCCGGGGAAUUGGAUUACCUGCAAGAGAGGUUUGAGACAGGGGGAUGCUCUUUCACCGUAUCUGUUCGUGUUGGUAGCUGAUGUUCUUCAACGACUCAUUAAGCAUUCCAACAUCAGACACCCUACUGUAGAUGGCCCCUGCCCAGUGUUGCAGUACGCCGAUGACACCCUCCUACUGGUGCAAGUGGAAAUAGUAGACAUCCGGAGACUCAAAGUUACUUUGGAUAGCUUUGCCAUGGCCACUGGUCUCAAGAUCAAUUACUCCAAGAGCACGCUUGUGCCUAUGCACGUACCGCAAGACCGCUUGGAACGGAUCGUCCGGCUCCUCCAGUGCCAGCAAGCAAGCUUUCCUCAGGUGUACCUUGGCUUACCACUCUCAAAUGUCAAGCUUAACCUCGCCACCUUCGCGCCCUUGAUCUCCAAGGGAAACAUGUCGCCUAUGGAGCAGCCGCCUUCGUUCCCAAGACCGUUCAAUUGCUGA